AUGUCUUACUCAUCGACAGCAGUUCGGUUCUUCACUUCUCCCAAACCGCUUGGGGCUGCGAUGAACUCCGAGACCGCAAAGCAGCCUGGGUCCGAGCCCCAGGGUCACACGGUCGUGAGACCGACUGAACACGCUGGGGGCGAGCCGGUCGAACCACACACGCCAAAAAUCCAAGGCUUGACCUUUGCAAACCAGGAGUCACUUCCAAAACUACCCAUCCCGAGUCUUGAGGAUACAUGCCGCCGCCAUCUUGAUGCGCUUGCCGCGUUACAGACGCCCCGCGAACAUGAGGAUUCGAAGGCAGCUGUAAAGGACUUCCUGAAGACAGAUGGGCCGCUGCUACAAGAACGACUGAAAAACUAUGCUUCCUCCAAAACUAGUUUCAUCGAGCAGUUCUGGUACGACUCUUACUUGAAUUUCGACAGCUCGGUUGUCUUGAAUCUCAACCCUUUCUUCCUCUUGGAGGACGACCCCACUCCGGCUCGCAAUCAUCAAGUGACCCGAGCUGCGUCGCUGGUUAUUUCCGCUCUUUCAUUCGUGCGCGCGGUGCGGAGGGAGGAGCUGCCUCCAGACACAGUGCGUGGGACACCUCUCUGCAUGUACCAAUACUCCCGACUUUUUGGAACGGCCCGUCUACCAACCGACAAUGGCUGCGUUAUCAGCCAAGAUCCUGAUGCCAAGCACAUUGUCGUAAUGUGUCGGGGGCAGUUCUACUGGUUCGAUGUCCUUGAUGACAACAGCGACUUGAUCAUGACCGAAAAGGAUAUUUCACUCAAUUUGCAUGUCAUCAUCGAUGAUGCCGCGCAGACACCCGUCCAAGAAGCUGCCAAAGGUGCCCUGGGCGUACUCAGUACAGAGAACCGCAAGGUAUGGUCGGGACUUCGUGAUAUCAUGACGAAGGAUUCGGCAUCAAACAACGCCGAGUGUCUCAAUAUCGUUGACACCGCUUUAUUCAUGCUGUGUCUCGACGACACGGAACCUUCUACCACAGCAGAGCUUUGCGCCAACAUGCUCUGUGGUACCAGCGAGGUGAUCAAAGGCGUGCAGGUGGGCACUUGCACAAAUCGCUGGUAUGACAAGCUGCAGAUCAUUGUUUGCAAUAACGGCAGCGCUGGUAUCAACUUCGAACAUACCGGUGUAGAUGGACACACUGUCCUGCGCUUCGCUAGUGACUUGUACACUGAUACCAUUCUCCGUUUUGCAAAAACCAUCAAUGGUCAGGCACCGAGUCUAUGGGCAACAACCAGCCCGGACCCAGCUAAGCGUGACCCCCGCAGCUUCGGAAAUGUCAGCACUACGCCUCGCAAGCUAGAAUGGGAUAUGACGCCGGAGCUCAACAUUGCCCUUCGUUUUGCCGAAUCACAUCUCUCAGACCUGCUCUACCAACAUGAGUUCCAAGUUCUCGACUUUGAAGGCUAUGGAAAAAACUUCAUCACUUCCAUGGGCUUCUCGCCAGACGCCUUUGUUCAAAUGGCAUUCCAAGCCGCCUACUAUGGUCUCUAUGGUCGAGUUGAAAACACCUACGAGCCCGCUAUGACCAAAUUCUUCCUCCACGGUCGCACCGAAGCCGUGCGUACCGUCACUCCCGAAACCUACGAAUUUGUCAAGACCUUCUGGGGCGAGAACCCUGCUGAGGCUAAAAUUGAUGCCCUGCGAACUGCUGCUCAGCGCCACACGGCGAUUACAAAGGAUUGCUCCAAGGGCCAGGGCCAGGACCGCCACCUCUAUGCACUCUAUUGUCUUUGGCAGCGGUCUUUUGAUGAAGGUUUCUUCCAGGAUUCUAGCUCCACAGGCGGAUACUCCAGCCCCAGCGACGGGCUCGACUCCCCAAUUUCCCAGCCCUCUGAAGACGGCUACUCUUCUCCAAAUGGCAGUAGUAUCCGCGCAAUGCGCAACGCAGCACCGCCCACGCCAGCUAUUUUCAGCGACCCAGGCUGGGACAAGAUUAACAACACCGUCCUAUCAACCUCGAAUUGCGGCAACCCAUGUUUGCGCCACUUCGGGUUUGGCCCUACCUCUGCCGAUGGAUUCGGCAUAGGCUACAUCAUCAAAGACGAGUCUAUUUCCUUCUGUGCCUCGUCAAAACACAGACAAACCUCUCGCCUAAUGCAAACCCUUGAAUCAUACCUUUUCGAAAUGCGGAAGCUCCUCCGCGCAUCCAAUCGGAAGGCAUCGAGUCCGAGAACAAGUCGGGCGCGUGAGACUGAGGCAUUGGCUGAGCGGGUGCAAAGUGAAUCGCAGCGUCGGGGACGCAUUGUACGGCCUGGCGCGGGUGGAGCCGAGACGCCCACUACGACGACAGAUAGUGCCGAGAUUGAGGAUGACGGCAUGGGUGGAUAUGGUUUCUUCGAUGCGGGUAUGCUUCUUCACGCUCUGAAGGGCGUUAAUGCGGAACGUGAACAAAGAGGCGAGAAGACGGAGAGAAAGAAAUUUAUUCCUCGCCUCCUUUGCCUCAAUUCUUCACAAGGCGGCCUCUCACCUCUCCAACAACCCCCCAUGGCUCUGCGCUUAUCCAGGCACGCGCCCCAGCUGCGCUGCUCCAGGUCAUUCUCGACUUCUCCGCGCUCCACAAGAUAUGCCGAUACACUGCCAAACUUGAAGAUCGGAGCGCACACCCGAGUACUAUUCCAAGGGUUCACAGGACGACAAGCGACUGCCAAUGUUAAAGAAUCGCUGGAAUGGGGCACGAAUAUUGUCGGCGGUGUCAAGCCUGGUGUUGAGGGUGAGCAUCUGGGACUCCCUGUGUUCCCCUCUGUGAAGGUGGCACAAGAGAAAUCCAAACCAGAUGCCUCGGCAAUAUAUGUCCCAGGAAACCAGACUGCACAGGCUAUUGAAGAGGCAAUCGAGGCAGAGAUCCCGCUCGUCGUAGCUGUGGCUGAACACGUUCCCAUUCACGAUAUCCUCCGAAUUCAUUCCAUGCUGCAAACACAAUCAAAAACCCGUCUCGUGGGCGCAAAUUGUCCUGGCAUAAUAUCCGCCAUCGGCAAGUGCCGUAUUGGCUUCCAGCCCCUUCCUUGCUUUGCCCCCGGAAAUGUCGGCAUUGUAGCCAAGUCAGGGACCCUGAGUUAUGAAACCGUGGCAUCGACAACCCGAGCUGGUCUCGGACAGAGUCUUUGCAUCAGUAUGGGCGGUGACGUGUUGGCCGGUACCAACUUCGUCGAUGCGCUGAAAAUCUUUGAACACGAUGAUGAUACCCACGGAAUUAUUCUGGUUGGUGAGAUUGGUGGCACUGCGGAGAUGGAUGCUGCGGAGUGGAUCAAGGAUUAUCGAAAGCGAACUUCUAGUCCCAAACCUAUCAUGGCUCUCGUGGGAGGCCUAGAAGCGCCUGCCGGUCGAAUUAUGGGGCAUGCUGGGGCUUGGGCGGCUCCUGGAGAGCCCGAUGCGCAAACGAAAUAUAAGGCGCUAGAGCGGGCGGGCGCUGUCAUGGUGAACCACCCAGAGAAGUUCGGCGAGGGUAUGCGAGCUUUGCUGGGGGAUGGUGGUAUCCGACCUGGUGCUAGCACUAUCUCGGGCACUGGCUCUGGAAAGCGUGGGUUUCACACUAUGCGACGUGUCACUCCUGCUUCAAAUCCAGCGGUCCAGCAGAAGCGAAACUUGUAUAUAAAACAAUUCCAAGCAUUCGAUCUCUUGAAAGAGAAGAAUGUGCUAGUCAACGGAUCGCCUUAUAAGUCCGACGCAUCUAUCUCGAUCUCAGUUGACCGGACAUCUCUUUCACCGUGCAUUGUCGCUUCUCCAACCGCGGAUUUCGAUCCUGCUCAAUCUCGCCGAUUCCCCUUCGCUUAUUCCCAGACCAACUUUGAUGGACAGCACCUUAUUACGCAGGUAACCUCACACCUAGGCCUUCCUGCCUCGGCGCAGAGCAGAGUUGCUGGCUUAGUCCAGGCACUGUGGGAUAUCUUCAGGGAGAAAGAAGCAUUCGUUCUAGAGACACAGAUUGGAACAGCGGCCAAUGGAGGCCUCGAAGUCCACACCGCAAGGUUUGGGUUCGAUGAUGCUGCAUUCCGCAGCUCGGGUCGACAGGAGGAAAUUCACCGCUUGCGCAACAUUGCCGAGGAAGUUCCAGCAGAGGUCGAGGCUGAAAAGGACGGAAUUGUCUUCAUCAAACUAGAGGGCGAAGGCAGCGUUGGCACGCUCGUCAAUGGAGCCGGCCUCGCCAUGAACACAGUCGACGCACUUACGAUCCACGACGGCCACUGUGCAAAUUUCCUUGAUACCGGCGGCAAGGCCACCUCAGAAACGGUGAAGUCUUCUUUCCGCGUGAUCUGCGCAGACCCCCGCGUAAAGGCCAUUUUCGUGAAUAUUUUCGGCGGUCUGACGCGCUGCGAUAUGAUCGCUGAGGGGAUCAUCCUUGCGUUCCGAGACCUGAAUAUGCAGGUACCCGUUGUGGUGCGGCUGCGUGGAACAAACGAAGAACUUGGCCAGAAGAUGAUUGCCGAAAGUGGUCUGCCUCUGCAUGCUUUUGACGGGUUUGAGGAGGCGGCUAAGAAGGUCAUUUCGUUGACACAGUGA